CCGCUGCUGCAGGCGCCGCGACCACGACGCCGCCCGCCCCGUCCGCCGUCCGCUCCGGCCGCCCGCUGGCUGCGUGCGCGCGUGUGGAGUCGUGGCACUUUCUGCCUCGGAGCUGGCGAACGGCCCCCUCCGCCGGGAUCGCCGCCUCCUGCCUUCCCCACCCGGGCCAGCCAUUCAUCGAGCUACCGCUCCCCAUUGGUCUGCUCCCCGCCACUCUCAGAGCGGCUGGCCAGUCAGGGCACGGACGGCCGAGCCGCGGCGGCGACCAUUGGCCAGAGAGGAGGGUCUCCGCCUCGGCCAAUGGACGAGGGGAGGAGCUGCGGGGAGCCGCGAGGGGCGGGGCCGCGCAGCGCUGCGCUGGCCUCUGCGCGGGGGCGGGGCUCCUAGCCCCGCCCAUCGGGGAGGAGGUCGCCGGCCAGCCCCGCCCCUUCUGGGCAAUGGCGCUCUCCGUGACCGCCACGGCUGCGGUCUCAGCUAGCCGCUGCACGGGGGCGGUUGGCGGAAGGUUCGAAUCCCGGCAGCCCCGGCCUGAACCUCUGGGCGCCGCAGUGCCGAGAUGCGGUGGACGUCACCCUGAGUAGAUGGCACAACCAACCAGAGAAAAUGCUUUAUUCAAACCCAGUAACUUUGCCCAAAGCACCGCUGCCUCGGGCCCCUGGGUCUGAGGACCAGUUCUGCUUGGGGUCAGCCCAGGAAAGGUAAAUCCUUAUCUUCAGAGAGAUUGCAAUCGACGCAGAAGGAAUUUCCUUGGAAAAAUGGAGGAAUGGGAUGGAAGAGCCGGAACACCCUCUAGGAAUUGGGGUGGCUGCCUGCACACUUUGUUACGGAGGGUUUGUCUGAGAUACUGUGCUCCCCCAAACCACAGCCGGGAAGGCCACAAUCACCAUCCACCUUAGGGGCUUUUGUUCCAGGUACCAAGGCCGUGGCCAGGUUCCGAUCCAAGGAAACUCACCUGUGUCCCGGGAAACCCAACAACGGACUCUUCAUUGCAUGAAUUUCCCUAACGUUAAUCAACACUUUCCUAACCAAAUUCAAUUGAAAUACUUUGGGCUUGGUUUUUAACCAUCAGAACAGGAGGAGAACAGGUCUUUUAAAAGAAAUCCUUUGAGAACAGCUUCUUUUAAUUUAGGCUCCUAAGGGGCCAGAAGGGCUGCAGCUGCUGGUGGACUCCACUCCGUCCUGGAUGGCUGGGGUGGGGGGCAGCUGCAGGGUCCCCAGCACCAGCUGUAUCUGCACUAUUUCUCCACUACCACCAGCCACACUUGCCUUUGAUACUGCACGAGACAUUGUUAGAAAGAUGUGGAAAAGAAAAACCUUCCCAAGAGAAUAAAGAAGGGUUAGGGGGAAAUUAAACCAUUCAUUCGCCUACUUUCAACUUGGCAUUCCCAGUACAUUAAUGAUUAAUUGACAGGAAGUAACCUGGAUUAGCUCUCUCUCCUCAUCUUGCAGGACUGAACCCCACCUUGGAAUAAAAUUCAAGAAUCUCAGCUUCUAAUUGGAAGUUGCUGCUGUCGAGUCCUGCUCUACCACGGACAGAUUCUUGAAAGCAUGGCGCUGUGUCCUCAUCCAUCUUCUUCACAGAUCUGGCAUGUUCCAACUUCUGAGUCCUCCCUAAAGUAAAAAAUGAGCACUAAAGGAAGAUGCUUUGAAUGUAUUCAGGACAUUGAGGCAGCCACAGCAGUCCAACUAAGGACCCCCUGGAAAGAACAUCCCAGAACUGCUUCAGCAAGGGACAAGAAUGACGGGAUAAGUGUUAAACAUAAUGGCGUAUACGUGAGGGAGAUUCAUGGCAAUGCAUCUUUUCUGUAAUACAUUUUUGGUUUGGUUUGUUU